GCCUCUACACGCUCGUUGUCCAUCUGUCUGUCUGUCUAGCUAGCUAGUGCAUGAGCUCGUCCUCAUCCGGCUGCUGCUCUCCAUACUCGAACCCACCAUCACCAUCCUGCUCGCCAUCCUCCCCCGGUCCUCCGUCCAUCCAGCGGUCGUCGUCCAUCCCCAUCCCCAUACCCAUGUCGUCGUCAUCGGGCGGCGGGGGCGGCAUGUCCUCCUCCAGGUCCUCGUCGAUGUCCUCACGGCGCUUCUCGAUGGUGCGAGUGUCCUGAUUGAAUGAACGGGUGGAUGUGCGUAUGAGGGGUGGGGGGAGGGGUGGGAGUAGGGGGCUUACGGGUUUGUAGAUGAAGGUGCGAGUGAACAUGGUGCUCUUGAUGUACUCGUCCAGGUGACGGUCGUCGAGGUCGUGCUCCUCACACGCCUGAUGCAUGUGCACACAACACACACACAAUGGGGGCGUGUGAAUGGAUGGGGUGUGUGUGUUCGGGUGCAUGGUGUGCGUGCCUUUUUGAGUUCGUCGAUGUGCACAGCCGUGAUUUCCGGUUCGGCGCCGUCCCUGGCCAGGAUCUGGUUCCAGCGGUCCUUCUUGCUGCACACACAGAGAAAGAGAGAGGGGGGGAGGGGAAGGUCUUGCGUAUGUUGAGCGCAUCUUCCCUCCCUCUCUCUCUCUCUCCCUCUCUCCCUCUGUCUGUUUGGAUGGAUGUUGGAUGGGUGUUUGCUCACGUGUAUUGUUUCUCGAGCAGAUGUGCGACCAUCUUGAACCGGUCCUCCACCUUGCUGAUGUACCGGCCGAAGCUCUUGCGCAGACGCUCAGCUACCUGCAAAGACACACACACACACACACAGACAUGCAGACAUGCAGACAUGCGCUGGUGUAAGCUGUGCUGUGUGUGCGUACGGGCGAGAUUCAUUUCUGUGGGGACCGCACUACCUACCCCAUGUUUCUGGCACUGGAUGAACGACUCCAAUAUCAGCCCAAUCGCGCAAUCAAUGUCCAUCUCCCUGAUGGUUUCCCAUCCCCCCACACACGCACACACACAUGUGAUGUGCCGCAUAUCUCCUGGCUGCUGCGCGUGGCGUUCGUACGUGACGUUGUGUCUGAGGUGCAUCCGGGCGUUGGCCUCGGCGAUCCGGAUGAUGGACUCGCAGUGCCUCAGGGUCAGCGGCAUCCCGCCCGUCUCGCUCUCGGCUUGCCGCAGCUCGCUGUAGAAGAGCUUGAUCUUGUCGCGGGCAGACGAACGCAGCUUCGGCUUGACGUGAGUGCUGCACACACACACACGUCUCUCUGUGUGCUGAGAAGAGGGCGGGGAGGGGGGAGCGGGGAGGAUGACCUGACUGACCCACCGAGCGUAUGAGAUGAACUUUCUGAGGAACUCCUGGUCUUUGAAUGGGUUGGUGGGGUCGUCAUCCUGCUGCUGCAUCAUGUCCGCGAACAUGUUGUCCUGGUGGGGCGCCAUGGGCUUGGUGGGGUGGGCCUGCAUGUGGGAGGCGAUCACGAAGUCGGCCAGGCGCUCGUCGUCCACCACUGACACCUUUAUCCACACACACACACACACACACGGAGAGGGAGAGAGAGAGAGGUAUGUAUUUCUGUGUGUGGAGGAGAGGGUCAUGGGUGUGGUCAUCUGACCGACCUCGUCUUUGACCACUGCGAGGACGUCGAAGCGCGAGAGAAUGGGGUCCGUCAGGUCGACGUUCUCGGCAAACGUCAAGCUACUGUUGUACCGACCUGCACCACCCAUCGUUCACACAGAACAAACUCUCUCUCUCUCUCUCUGUGUCUGUGUCUGUGUCUGUGUCUGUGUGUGUGUGUGUGCGACAGGGAUUGUUGUGUCUCAUUUGGCGUGCGUGCGCACCGCCUAUAGGGUUUGCGGCAGCGAUGACGGCGCAUCUGGCCUGGAGUGAGGCCUGGAUGCCCGCCUUUGAGAUGGAGAUGGUCUGCUGCUCCAUGGCCUCGUGGAUGGAAGUGCGGUCCUGCGGAGACAUCUUGUCGAACUCAUCUAUCAGACAGAUACCUGUGGACACACACGCGCACAUAGAGGCCUGUGUGGCGCAUGCAAUGGUCUCUCACAUGCCCUCUGUCUCCCCUGUCUGUGUGUCAGUGUGUGUGGGGUCUCUCUCUUUCCUUUGUCGGCCAACACGAGGGCGCCUGCGUCGAGACCCCACUCGCCGCUCAUCGGAUCACUGCACUCGGCACAGACACCCACCCACACCACACCCAUGUGCUGAUGUGUGAAUGGCUUAUGUGGCGGGCGAGCAUACUGACUGACGCUCAUACCGUCUCACCGACGCCGUCAGACCCACAGCAGAGGCGCCCUUGCCUGCAUGGCAUGUAAUCGACACACAUCACAGAGAAGGAGAGAGAAGAGAGGGGCUCGUAUGUAUGUGUUUUGGAGUGGCUGAGUGUGUCGAUCUGAUCUGCACAUACAUACCGGUGGCGUAGACUACCCGCGCGAAUGUCUUCUCUACGUACUUCAAGCACUGAGACUUGCCCGUCCCAGGAUCGCCUGCAAAGACACACACAGCACAUAGAGAUUCGUCCGUUUUUCUCUUCCCCCCGGAUGGGCAUAGACGCUGGCUGACCGACCGAGUAUGAGCACGUUGAUGUCGCCCCUGGUGCGAUGGUGCGCCCCGCUAGACUUGGGCACGCCCCCAAACAUCGAAUACCUACACGCACGCACACACACACACACACGGGGAAGGGCAAGGGUGCCGGUGGCUCUCUCGUGUGUCGGCGGGCUGUCGUGUCGGCUUACGUGAGGGCCUUUUUGAUGUGUGGGUGUCCGUAGAUGGAAGGCGCGAUGGCCGAGAACAGCCGGUUGCGGAACUUGGGGUGCUUGGCUGCAGCCUGACGCACUCACACCACACCACACACACACACACACAUGAUGUGUCUCUCUCUGUCUGUGUGUCGACGGAUGGAUGGAUGGAUGCGCCUACGCGGUAUUGCUGGACUAGGGCAGGGCUGGUCUCGCCCACAAACCUCUCCUCCUGACAAGUGCGAGCGAAGUGGGAGAGGGUGGAGAGGGAGGGGAUGUGUGUGUGGCUCAGCCCGCUGAUUCACGGGCAAACCGUACCUCAGUGACGAUGUUGUUGACCUCUAUGUGCGCCCCCAGCAGCGGGAAUCCGUGGCGCGUGUUCAACUCCUUGUCAGGCCUGAAUUCGGCCCACACCAGACAGACAGGCACAUUGUAUAUCCACCCCCCGGAAUGUAUGGAUGUGCGUGUGUGUGUGUUGAGCUUAUGCACAUGGACGUGUAGAUGCCGGUGACCAUGACGUGGUCGCCGGGCUUGACGGUGUCGAUGAGGUCGCCCAGCAGGAUGGCCUCCUUCGUGUAGGGGGCCCGACCCGCACGCACAUUCGCCGGACGCUCCUGCACCCCACACACACACAUACACACACACAUGAGCGCAUCUGCCCCUCCCUCUCGGUGUGGACGUGCGUCUGUGCCUGUAUGGUGAGUCGUUGGAAGCUGUUGUAGACGGUCUUCUCCUGGUGCAGAAUGUGGCCCGUCUUCUUCUGGCAUAUCGCACACGCACCUGCACACACCAAGCAACACCUAUCGGUGGGGGGAGGUGGGUGAUGGUGGGGUGGGGUGGGGUUUAUGCGCCUGCCUGGUUUGAGGUCUUUGUCUUGUUUGUCGUCGCGCGACUCGUAGGGCCCCAGGAUGCCGUCACACUGGGGGUACCUGCCGCAACGGUAAUACACCACCUUCAGACGCGGGUAAGGCGCUGCACACACACACACACACACACAUAUAUGCCAUCCAUCCAUCCACAUGAGCAUUUCUCUGUCAUGUCAUGUGUAUAUGACCUACCUGUGCGCCGUGUGACUACAGCGGGCACGUUGACCAUGCUGCCCAUGUUGCGCGUUGCGAUGCCCGCCAGCUGAUCGAAAUCCUCCAGGUAACGCUUGAAACGAACCGUCACCUACAAAGCACACACACACAGGUGGCCACAUGGAGGGUGUGGUGGGUGUGGCGAAGGGCUGACCGUGGCUGCGCGGGGUACGUGUGGUCCAUACAUGUCGGGGUAGCUCUUGGCUGCGAAUCGGCGCAUCGCCGCGUUGAGCUCGGGCAACGUGUCGACGGGCCGCUCUGACACACACACACAUGUGGGGUGGGUGGGUGGGUCGAAAGGUGUGUGGGUCAACACGCACUCACCCUGGAUCCAUCGCGCCAGGUUGGGUGAGACGUCGACGAUGUCGAUGUACUCGACAUAGAACGAAAACCGACCAGCUGACACACCACACACCACACACCACACACCCAUGGCAAUCUGGCCGUCCGUGUGCUGCACCGACCGACAGACCUUCGGACUGUUUGUCGACCUCCUCCUUGUACUUGGUUGUGCGGCCGUCGGGUGCCUUGAAUGUCUUGAGGAAUCUCUUGAAGAUGGUCUGGAUGUGCGGCCGCCUCUCGUCCAUCUCGCUGUCAGGCACCUCCCAGGGAUCGGCGUCUAUGUCAGCACCCUACACAUCACACACACACACACCCACAACACACCAAUCACACUGAGAGAGAGAGGGAGAAUGAGUGGGUCUCAUUUCCCACCAGGUCGGGGUCGUCAUCCGAUUCCUCGUCCAUGCCCUCAUACCCCUCCCCCUCCCCCGCCCCCUCAUCCCGCUCUCUCCGACGCCCGGCACGCUGGCGGCGGUUCUUGUAGAAGGGAUUCUGGUCAUCUGGAGAAUGACCAAACCCAUCACCACAAAGCACGACCCCUCUCUGUGUGGGUGUGUGAGGGUAUGUAUGUGUGUACCAUCCUCCUCCUGCGACCAUUCGGGCAGGCCGCUUUCGUGCUGCGCGCCCCCCUCGCGGCGGUCUCGCUCGUCGAGGAACUGCUCGGCCCGUGCCCGUGCCGCACGGUUGACGCGGAUGUCACGCUCGUCAUCGAUGUACUCGUCGUCGUACUGAUCCAACUCGGGAUUGUUGUUGCCACGGUCCAAAUCACUGCAUACAUGUACAUUGAGGGCAGGGGGGGGGGGCGUGGUGUGGUGUGGUGUGGUGUGUGUGUUGGGGGGAAGGGGUGGUCUGUUUGCGUACCGCUGCCCGGCUACGAAUCCCUCCCGGUCGUCCAUGAGGUCCUCGUCGUUGCGGCCCUCCUCUUCCUCGCCUGGACCGGGGGGCAGCUCAACUCUCUCGCCGAGGAACACCUGUAUACACACAGGCACAGAAGACCAUUCUCCCUGCCCUCCCUCCGUGCCCUCCCUCCCUCCCUCCCUCAUUGUCUGUGCGUCUGAUUUGCCCGCGCGCGUACAUCCACGUCGUCUCGCACCCUGGCCUCGCCCGCCCCGCCAGCAGCACCUUCCUCCUCCCCUCGCUCCUCCUCCUCUUCCUCCUCAUCUUCUUCUUCUCCUUCAUCCUCCAGGGGCGUUUCCGGCUGGUCGCCAUCGGCAUCGUCAUCCUGCUGCUGCCCGCGGUGGGCGGCGUCGGCAUCUUGGUCGAUGUCGUUGACGUUGCCGUCCCACUCGCCGUUCAUCUCAUCGUCAGGAUGUGGGUCCUGGGCGGAUACAUGGAUGGACACACACACACGGAACGCAGGGAUGGUGGAUGGUGAUGGAUGGUGCGGUCAUGUGUAGGGUGGUCGCGGUGAGGCGGAUAUGGAUGGAUAUCUUUGCUCGUUCUCACCAUUUUUGCGAUUUGGCUAUUUGGCGCUUAUGGCGAGGGCGGCCCGGCUCGUUCGGCCCGGAUGUUUGAGAGUGGUGGUGGUUUCGUGGCAGAUUUAUGGCAGAUCUCCCUCGUGUGCGUUGUGUGGGUGCAGAUCUUGCUGUGGAUGCAGAUGGGUCUAUUUCGCGAGCAGCAGCCGCUCCCCACCGACAUCGGUACACACCGAACCGACACGCAAUCAUGCCCCAGCUGGAUCAUGGAAAGAGCGCUGGCGAGAGAUGCUCCUCGG